AUGUCGCAGCAGACUCCUCCAUCCUCCCCUCCCAGCCCAAGUUCGCCGGCGCCAUCAUCGACGUCCAACAAGCCCAACAAUGGUGGUGGCGGCGGCGGCACCGGCGGCGAAGAGUCUGAUGAGGAAAUGGGCAAUAAGUCAGCUGCGACAGAGACUGAUAUGCCCGACCAGGCGGCCGCUCAGAAUAAUAAUGCGCCACCGCCGACGACAAAACAGCAACUGCCACAUCAUUUACACCAACAACAACAUCAACAACAACAAACACAGCUUAGCGUAACAACGCCAAUCAGCAGCUCGACGUCCACAUCUACAUCAAACCUGUCACCUCCGUCCUCUCCCCUGCCACCUCCUCAUAAUCCUCUCCACACAUCCUCUUCCUCCUCCCAGCAACCAGCAAUAUCACCAACGUCCAUAAUUACCAACAGUUUGGAAUCAUCAUCGCUCCAAACACUGCCGCACCAUAAUCAGCCAUCGUCAUCGCCGUCGCCAACCCUACUGACGUCGAUGAAGCCAUCCCCCUCCCCACUCUCCACUUCAACAUCCAUUCCGAGUCCAGGUGCGCUGUCGCUCUCCUCCUCCACCUCAUCCACCCUGUCCAUGGCCAUGGCCAUGUCGACGUCGACCACAUCCACAUCCACCACCAGUACCUCCACAACCUCCACCUCCACCUCCAAUACCAACACCAACAUCAACAUCAACACUACGACUGCCGCCAAGCGAAAGAUGAUCGACAGCGAGCAGUCCGAAUGCAUUGACCUGGAUUCCAUCCUCAACAUGAUGCAACGUACCAUUGACGACAAUGGUGACGGCCACAUCAGGUUUCCAAGGGAUCAAUACUAUCAUUUCAUUUGUAUAUACAGAGGAUGCCUACAUCCCAUUCGAUCAAACAAACUGGAAAAGUACAUUGUCCAUCUGAAGGUACAUGAGGCACAGGGCCAUCAGCUGAUGGAGGACUUGCUGUUUGUGGACGGCAACUCGCGCUUUGAUAAAGAGAAGGAUGUCGAUGAGCAGAUACUACAGAACUCAAAGGCCUACGGGAAGGAGUCACUGGUGCGCUUUCAAUCACUGUUCAUCCACUACCAAAACGAAACACCGCCCACCAAGGAAAUGCUGGCUGCAUCGUCCAAGCGCCAGCGGCGGCCAGACAUCAAUGAGACGACGCCAGAGCCACGUACCGAGGACGACGAGUCUGAGACUGGCAGCUCCGCCAUGAUGAUCGAGUCAUCGUCGGGCGGUAAGCGCGCGGCGGGCUCGUCCACCACCACGACACACACCUCCAGCCACAACUCGUCGCCGCCAACCCAUGGAGGCGACGCCGACGACACCGAACAGCACUACGCCAUCCCCACGCGCUACUCCUCUCGAGGCGUCCAGCUGCGCGAGCAGAUGAUCAAGUACGGACUGAAGCUGUUCCGCAUGGACGCUGAGGGCAAGUACAUCUGCUUCUUCCAGGGCUGCAGCCUGCACAUGAUCACCAACUUCUCGCGCCACGUCGCCAAGCACGAGAAGGUGGGCGAUGUCAUCAAACCUGAACUAUUCCACCUGAGCAACCUGUACCAGCAGCAGCACCACUCGCCACAUUUCCAGCACUACCAACAACAACAGCAACAGCAGCAUCGCACGUCCUCGGCCAAACACCUGAUCGCGCCCAUGCCGACCCAGCCCAUCCCGCUCCAGCAGACGCCAUUCGCGGGCAUGUAUGGCGGUCCGGGCAGCUCGAGCCCCACACACCCCUCGCCCUCACACAAGAAACUCAACACGUCGGGCAAUAACAUUGGCAAGCUGGCAAUAGACGACGCGCCGCGCAUAGGUGGCAGCAGCAGCAAUAUUUAUUCGCCGUCGGCUUUCAACAUGCGCCCCACGCCACCGCCCGGCAGUCUGGCGCACUCACACCCCCUCUCAUCCAACAACAAGUUUACAAGCUAUGGAAAUAGCAUUAGUUUAAUCAACAGCAGUAGCAACAACAACUCGAUUAACAGCAGCAGCACCGGCAGCUACCCCCCGCCUCCCUCACCCUACCACCACCAACAUCAACAAUAUGUUGUCUCCUCUGCGUCCAACACCCCGACUGGCGCGCCGUCCAAGCUGUCGCCGUCGCUCUCGCCGCCAUCAGGCGCGCCACCCACCCCAACCCUACCAUUCAUACAUCAACAACAACAAGUUGUUGUGGUCCCUGGCGCUAGCGCUGGCGGAAAUGUAUAUCAUGGCGGCGGACAUCUUCCAAAGAGUCCUGUGCCAACCUCGCAACUCACAAGUCAUCAUCAUCAACAACAACAAUUACACCUUACGCCACCGCACCUAACAUCGUCGGCCAUGCCCAUACCGAGUAGCAUGCCGUCACAUGCGCACUCCCAUCCACCACUACACGCACCAUCAAAUCACCUUCAGCAUCAUCUCUAUCCAUCACAAUCACAAUCAUCACCAUCACAUCCACAAGCAGCACCACCAACUCAGCAAUAUCCUCCUCCAACUCAUCCUCCACAAUAUCCACAACCACAACCACAACAACAACAACAACAUCCUCAUCCAUCACGUUCUAGCUCAUUGGAUGAGUCUGAGAUCAACUGGGUCUUCAAGAAGAAACAGCCAAAGUGA